AUGCAUCUCCAAUCUAACGGCUUUUUUGGAAAUGACGUCUGCCUCGAUCAGAACGAGGGAGUGGAGUCUUACAGUAAGCUUGAAUACAGUCUCAAGGACCUUCGAGGUGUUGCUUAUCAGGAUCUAGCCUCCUGGUCUCGCUUCACCGUCAAGCAGACGUACGACAAACUCAAGCCAAAACGGACGUUCACACCACAUGUAUCAAGCAAUCACUCUAGCCCUAACAACUUGAACGCUGAUAUUGCAAUACAUGGGCCACAGAGUACACGGUAUGGUUGGGAGUGGUACGAGAUGGGAUUCUUUACUUAUUGGAAUAAGUCUGGAUUGACUACGCUCAUGUGCUUCGAUUUACCUUCAAAAUCGCACUCUGUCAUCCAGUCAAUGUUUGGUUCGCAAAGUAUCGACCUCUCUUGUCCCUACACUGUAUUUUCGCUCAUUACGGAUGCGCUACUACGAUUGUACGAUGAUUCGGUGUGGUCUAUCAGAAACCACAUCAGCCAUAGAACUCAUUCGCCACAGCGAAGGUCGCAAGAGACUGACUACUUCCUUUUACACGAAAUUGCAAGGCAUGGUGUGCAUAUCAGCGAGACUUUGAAUGUGGCUAUACUGUCGCUAGAUGCUAUACGGCAACAUCAUGAAACAUUUCGUGCAAACACAGACCUCAUCCACGGCAACAAUGGACGCAGGCGCUGGGACAAAGUCGGGAGUCGGUUCGAGUUUCAGCUCCGAUUUCUAAAGGGCCUGCUCCAACGCUCUGAGGCAAAUAAUGCCCGAAUUCAGAACGAGAUCACUCUUGCCUUCAAUGCGGCAGCUCAGAGAGAUAGCAAGAUCCAAGUGCAGAUAGGAGAAGAAGCGAAGAGGGAGGCUUCAGCAAUGAAGGCGAUCGCUGUCGUCACAAUGACUUUCUUGCCAGCUACCUUUGUUUCUACGCUCUUCGGAAUGAACUUUUUUUCAUUUCAGCCUGGAGAACUCACCUCCAAAGCUUCGUUUAAUGUAUCCCGACAUUUCUGGAUAUACUGGGCCUUCUCUAUUCCUAUGACUGUUGCAACGCUCGCUCUAUGGUUUUGGUGGAGGCGUUGGGCUUGGGGCCAUUGA